UAGCAGCAAUGGCUCAGCAGUGUCAGCAGCAGCAGCAGCAGUGAGGGCGUUCGUAUCUGACAGUUUCUUAAGGAGGGUUCAUACGGAACGAAUAUGGCAUUUGACGGAGUCCUUAGAAAGCACAUUUUCCUGUUUGAACAUCGAAGUUUCUUGCAUCCACGUGCAUCGGAUGCAAUGUGUACCCUCCAUUAUUACAUAUGUCACUGGCAUAAAUAUAGUCGACAAGAUGGACGAGCCAUCGUUUACGCUUUUCCAUAAUAGCAUCUGUGGUAAAUGAAAUCGCAUGCUUACCGGAGCAUGCAUCUGUAUUUGAUAAGUCAUAUAAAGCUUCUCCUCGGUUAAAAUUGGCCUACAUAACCGCUCUGAGAAUUAUGAAUUUGCAAACGCUUUUUCAAGACUUCAAUCCAAGUAAAUUUUUGGUGCAUCUCUGUUUGAUGAUAUUUACCAUUUUAUUCGCUCUUCGAUUGGAUGGCUUCAUAGAAUGGAGUUAUUGGUCAGUCUUCAGUCCGAUAUGGGUCUGGAAAAGUAUGGUAAUAUUAGGAGCUAUAGUCGGAAGCUACGUUUGGUGGAGACAUCCGCACGCAAGACUGGAAGGAGAUGCCUAUGUGCAUUAUAAAGCGAUGCUUAUCACUCUAGCGUUACAUUUGAUUCUACUAAUGUUCGAAUUGUUAGUGUGUGACAAAUUGGAAUCCGAAAGACACUUGUGGAUACUUGUGUUCAUACCUUUGAUAUUCAUUUCAAUAGUAUCAAUCGCAGUUUGCAUCUGGGCUGUGAAACAUGAUCGAUCUUUUGAACUGGAAUUAUUCUGCGCUGUCAAUGUGUUGCAGUUUAUUUUCUUGGCUUUAAGAUUAGAUGGUUUUAUAACGUGGAGUUGGGAGGUUGUGUUCGUGCCACUGUGGGCACUACUUUGCUUAUCUUUAGUAGCCGUUUUGUAUGCGAUAGUGUUUGCCGCAGUUUUACUAAGAACACCACAGAUCAAUGCUCGUCAAAGGCGGACUUCCUUGAAUUCAGCAUUAGCAUAUACAUUUCUCGUUGUACCCAUUUUAGUAUUCCAGGUGUUGUUGGCAAAUAAAUUGGAUGGAGAUAUUUCAACAAAUUAUACUACCGUGGCAAUGCCACUCAUUGUGUCGCAUAUAACUCUCAUUUUCAUGUCAUUUGGUGCGAAGGGUGGAAAUAAAUGGUGGUUUGGUAUCAGAAAAGACUUUUGUCACUUCCUGCUAGGUUUAUUUCCAUUUCUUCAAGAGUAUGGUAAUAUUUCGUAUCAACCGAGAGACGAGCGAGAUCAACCACCAUCCGAGCCAAUGAUUACAGAAAAGGGUGAAAAGCUCAUUAAAAAAAUUGACCUAAUGAAACCUGUCGUGCCUAUAAUCUCUAUAGACAUGCCCGAUUGAUUGGCCGAAAGCAGGAUUAAAUCGGAUAUUUAAAAAGUGUUAUUUUUAAUGCAAUUGGCUUAUACAGAAAUCAAAUAUCUGUAUAAAUUAGGCAGGUAUACAUUUAAAAAUACACAAAUAAGCAUGAUAUAUUUCAGUGUAAAAAAGAAAAAAAGAAAGUAUUUCUCUAAGACUUCUAGUCUUCCGUUGUUGUUGUAUCAAAUGAUGAUGUCUGAAGCGAGAAAUUGUGUUAAUUGUAUAUUUCUCUGUGUGUUAUAUAUCGAAAUGGUUUUUUCACAAAUUAUGCUCAGCAGAUAUAGAUCGAUAAAAUAUAAGGACGACUCUCUUUUUAACUCGUAGAUUAAUAAAGAAUUGUAAAUCUCGAUUAAUCGUCACAAGUCUAUUUGCCAUGUAAAAUAUGUAGGAUACAAGACUUUGACUUGUACGCAGAUUGAAUUUACGAAAAUGCAUAAAAAUGGGAGAGUAUGACGAUUGUGAAUUUUAUCAAUCUAUACCAUGAAACGAGAAUGACGAUAUACGUAAAAACAAAUUUAUAUCGCUGUAUGCUGGAAGAAAAGGAGAUCGAAUUAUUUUUCACUUCUGAAAGACAUCAUAAUUUAAUAUGGCUGCGUGAGGCAAGAGGAGUUUUAAUAUAGGACAUGUGUAUUAUGUGCAACACACGAGAUUGCUUUAAACAUGAAUAACGAAAUAUAGUUAUUGCUUAUAUGUUAGGUAUUUUUCUCUAGGCCUUAUUAAGCAAAGAGAUCGAAUUAAGCAGUUAUAUGUCGGCUGGGAUACAAGACUGAGCACCUCGCAUCUCUAUAGAAUAGCAUCGCCAGGAUGUCGAAAAGUGAGGAAAGGAAUCGCGAAAAAAAAGCUGGAUAACUCUAGAAAAGGAUAAUGUUGCUGUUAACGUUGCUGGACAUUGUAAUAAUGAGAAUGCCCAAUCAUUUAUUAUGUUAUAAUGUAGAAACAAUGUACAGACUGUUGUAUCAUAAUAAUAUUACGUAUAAUGAAUAUUGAACAUUGAAUAUUAUGCGAAUCUACUAUAUGCGACAAUGGUAGACAAAUGCUAAUAAUGUUAUGUUAUAUAUAUAUAGAUAUAUAUAUUACACUUAAAAAUACUAUUAUAAUCUAAUAAAGUUUCUAUUUUUUGGUAUCAAUA